AGCUUUGGCACAAGGGUGGAAAGUAGGAUUGUGAGUUUGACUGUGUGAACACAUGAGGAAAUAAGUUAUGUGGAUUAAAGAGACAUGGCACUGAUUAAAGUAGGAUGUAGAGCAACAAAAGAUUGGUUUCUUUUCAGCUGACCUGGACCCAAACAGGAAGUGAGGAAGGACAAAGUAGAGGCACACAGAAGACAGAAAACUUGCCUGAACAAGAGGCAGAAAACGGAGAAAGGCAACUGAGGAGGCGUUCUCUCACUCACCCGAAGGAAGAGCAGAAACACUGAGUCAAACCAGACAGACAGACAGACAGGAAGAGGAUAAAGAGGGGGGGUAAGGUAAAAAAAAACAUAAGAAAGCUGAGAGGCAAAAGAUUAAACCUAUUGAGAGAGAAAGAGUGUGUGUGUGUGUGUGUAUGUAUGUAAUUGUAGACAAGGAGAGAGAGAGCACCAAUGAGGGAGAAAGGAAAUCAGGAAACAGAGAGAGCAUAACAGAAAGCAGACAUUGGGUGAGUGUUCAUCAAGGUGAAGCAGAGAGAAAGACAGUGAGGGGGUUAGCGAGUGAAGUUAGUAGGAGUGGAAAGGUAUGAGGGGACAGCUCUUGAAGUUAUUCUUCUCCUUGGUGAUCACUCUCUUCUGUCUGGGGAGCCUGCUGACCACUGUCAUCUGGUAUAUGGUCAACAACAAUAAUGUGGAACCUCAGAGGCCGCAUCCUAAAAAGAAAAGCACCCCUGACCCCUCUGACCCCUCUGACCCUUGUAAAGGCUGCAGAGAGGUCAUCGACAAAGUAAUAGAGCGUUACUCUAAAACCUGGAGGAAGCAGGAAAACAAUUACCAACAAUUCAGCUCUCAGCUGAGCAGUCAGUGCCAUGGUUUGGACAGGGCUAUCAUUACCCAGGCCAACACUCCAGUGGGAUCAAAGAUUGUGUACGAUGGAGAUAAGAAGAAGACCCUCAAGGUGACCCCCGAACUUUUCAGCACCUUUGCAAAGGAGCAUCCGUUUCCUAAUAAAACUUGGGACACGUGUGCUGUUGUCGGGAAUGGAGGGAUUCUGACAAACAGCAGCUGUGGAGACAUCAUCGAUUCAGCACAGUUUGUUAUCAGGUGCAACCUACCUCCUUUAGGAAAAGGCUAUGAGAAACAUGUGGGCACCAAGACUGACAUUGUGACAGCCAACCCAAGCAUUUUCCUAGAGAAGUAUGGGGCUCUAAUGGGGCGUCGGCGUCCAUUUGUGGAGAGUCUACAUAGCUACGGCAAGUCCCGUCUGCUUCUUCCCGCCUUCUCCUAUGGCCACAACACUCCUGUGUGCAUGAGGGCAGUAUACAGCAUUGAGGACUUUGAGAGUCCCAUCCAGCCCAUCUUCUUCAACCCUGAGUACCUUCAGAGCCUGGCCCUCUUCUGGCGCUCCCGAGGCUUACGAGCAGUGCGCCUCAGCACGGGCAUUAUCAUGGCUAGCAUAGCGCUGGAACACUGUGCCAACGUGCAUCUAUACGGGUUCUGGCCCUUCGGUAAUCACCCACAUGGACUCCAUGCACUGACUAACCACUACUACGAUGACAGACAAACUAAAACUAAAUUUCACUCCAUGCCUGCUGAGUUUGACCUCUUGUUGCAGCUGCACAGUCAGGGGGUGCUCAGGCUUCACUUGGGAGACUGUCAACCAGGUGAAAAGUAGUUCCCAGGUCCAAAAUAGCUGGCAGGACAGUGUCAAAGUGCCUUUUUGUAGCCCAGCCACUCAUGACGUUUUUCAUAUCAUUUUGAAUGAAUGUACAUAUGUAUUCGGCUGAAACAUGGAAUUGGUGUGUUCAAGCAAGGUAGAUUUGUGAAUUUAGAUGUAAUGCUGAGUCAUUUACCAGGACAUUUGCACUGAUAUAAAUAAGAAACAAUCGUAAACGUCCCAUGUCAUGGCCAUUUCCACUGAUCAUAAUUCCAUUGUUGAGGUCUACUAGAAUAGAUUUAUACUGUGCAAUUUUCCAAACUCACAUUGGUUUCGCAUACAGCAUCUCUGUAAAGUAUGUGUAUUCAGCAGUAUUCACUCUCUCCACUAAACGGCUCGUUGCAGCUCUUGCCCCCCCCCCUCCCUG